AUGAAGUGCUCCAGCCCCAGCAUCGUGUGCUCAGUCUGUGCUGCACAGAUUUGAUCACCUAGGAGCCCUCAGGGGAGGCAUUCUGUUCGAUUUUCCAUUAAAAUCUGUAACCUCUCUUUUGAGGGAAUGCCAACAGGAGGAAAGUGAUAACUGAGCAACCAAAGUGCUGCAUUUUUAUUAGAGGAGUUCAAACACCUAUUCUUUUGAAAAUCCCACACAUUCUAGCACUUAUUUAACUGUAUCUGCACUGCCAAACUCCUGUGUGAUUUCCAAACAACGCCCUGUAGUAUUUCACCAACUACCAAACAAUCAAGCGAUUAACCUGAAAACCUUUAUCCCAAGUGGUUUGAGUGGGCCAAGGGAACUUCCCAGAGCUCUUGGGGUUGGGGCAGGCUGGGCAUGUGGCUGUCCCCGCAGGCCCAGCUGGGGCUGUGGCAGUGCCCAGGGGUGGUUUGUGUUGCACUGGUGGCCAGGUGCUGAUGGCAUCGGAGGGAACUGGUCCCGCUGAGGUUGCAGCAAUGUUUUAUUGCUCACUAUAUUUCAGCCACAAGAUCAAAUAGAAGUCGGGGAAGACGGCUUUAAGCAGUGGGAUGUGUUGGAUUCCCUGGAUAUGGAGGCAAUGGUGAGCACCGUGCGGGCCUGGAUUGAGAACCCAGUGAAGUUUGCCCGUUCGCACGGGGUGAAUGUCACACCUGGCUCUAGAGAGCCAACCUCCCAAGAUAUCCAUAUUUUGGUCAUUGAAGGCUUCCUGCUUUAUAAUUACAAACCUCUGAUCGAGCUCUUUGACCUUCGCUACUACCUGGCAGUGCCCUACGACGAGUGCAAGAGGAGGAGGAGUACACGGAAUUACACCGUGCCCGACCCCCCGGGCCUCUUCGACGGCCACGUCUGGCCCAUGUACCUCAAACACAGGAAGGAGAUGGAGGACGCUGGGGUGGAUGUGGUUUAUUUAGACGGCCUGAAGUCCAGGGAUGACCUCUACAACCAAGUCUUUGAAGAUAUUCACAACAAGCUCCUAAAUUGCUCAUAGGGUUGGGAGGAUCCUGAAGAUCGGUGUACAGCGAUGUAAAUAAUACUUGGAAGUGGGAAUGGGAAUUUGUGUGAACUCCUCUCCCACUGCCCUUUGGCAAGUCCCUUCUGUAUAUAAUUGAAAACUGAGGAUAACUUAUUCCCACCACGUGGACAGGAUGGCCUCGGUGGGGUUUAUUUUUUAAUUAUUUUAUAUUCCACUGGCUUACAGAGAAGCUGGAAACAGCAUUUUUAUAGCAGAGCAAGUAGAGCUGUGCUGGGAAAACGAGAGAGCUCCUGCAGACACAAAGGCUUCGUGCAAGGCUUGUUUGUGACAUCCCCAACUCAGUAAAAAUCCACUUCAGUCUCCUCUUGAGGUCCUGAUGUAAUUCACCACUCAGCUUUAUUGCAAUAAAGUGGGUAUGAAGCUCAUCCAAAACAC